AUAAGCAUAACACAGAGUUGAGAAUACAGUCCCAAUUAAUAAUAAUAAUCAUUCAUAAAGCAGGCUGAACAUGUUCUACCGACUACCUUCCUUGAUUUGUUCUUUAUCCCAAAAACUAUAUCGAUUCACUAAGCCAUUUGUAAGAUCCCUUCUGCCAAAGAGCUGGAUGACUUUGAGUCACACUCAUGAAAGGCCAAUAUUUUCACUAUCAUCAUGGCCAUACUGCAAUAUGUGCUGUAUUGAGGACACAGCAGAUGCACUGAGGAAUGCUUGACUAAAAUAUGGAGCUACUGCAUCCAAACUACAACCAAAAAGCAACUUAGACCAACUGCUGAUGGGGCAGGUGGGGGAUCUGGUUUUUCUAAAACAGUUUUUAAACUCUUUCUCUGAUUCAAUUUUGAGUCAUAAACAGGCCUACACGAAAUCUGCAUGCAGAUUUCCACAGAACUGUAAUGCAUUCAUGAAGUUUAUUAGUUUGCUAAUUUGAUUAUGCUUACACUUACCACUAAGGAUAGCUUCAUUUAACACAUUGUUUUAAUCCAUUUUUGCAGAAAACGUCUGCAGAUUGCGCCUGGGCCUGGUUAUAAGGCUGGAUUAGUGAUCAAUCUCGCACCAAAAACAUGCUUCCAAGAGAGGCUGCGUCAUUUUCAUGAAGUCAGUUAUGCCAACUAUCAAAAAACUCCUCUUGGGAGGUCAGGAGUUCAAGGCCCUGGUUUACCAAGCUGGCUUGAUGCUGAGAAAAGCACUUUUGGUGUUACAAUGCUCCAGUUAUCUAACGGCGGUGAGGUUAACAAUCCAACCAAAACCACACAUCAGGUGAAGAAGGAAGCGGAUGAGGGACAUCAGCUCUACAUUCGCUCGCAUGGAUCCUAUUUUGUAGGAGAGCGUGUUGACAGAGAGAGUGCAAUUGCAAUCACUUUAGGAGAGAUAGUAGGUUUGGUGUCCCAACACCUCGUUACAAUGAUAUGCCCAUCCCAAACCAGUACUGAUCAACAUCCCUCCUGUGACCCAUGGCACAACAGCGCAAAAUUAGUUUCCAAACGCUGCGACGACUUCAGAGAAAAGGCUCAGCUUCAAACAGGCAAAGUUCAUGAUCCAAUUGCAGAGACAUUAAAUGUUCCCAGUGAUCACACAUUUGGAGGCUUGAUGAAACCUGACAGCUUUGGUGUGGGUGACUUGCUCCAUCAAACUCCAUCUGACGAGUACCUGAAAGGUAAAGACAGACAGCGAGCCGUGGUCAGUGCUGUUCGCCAGCACCUCAAGAAGUCCAACUACCAGAAUUUCGGCUCAUUACUGGAGGAAUUCAAAUAUUACGACAAGAGUGGAAGGCUUGGACAGCCCCAGCUAACAUGCAGCGCACAGACCUCCAGGAAUCCAGCGCCGCCCAGAACUGUGCAGAACAACUUCUUCACCUCGUCUUCUCUCAUCAAUGCUGUCGUGGAUGGACUUUCCCCAGCCGAUGAUCACACAUAUGGAGUACCAACUGUAUGGGCUGAACCUGCUCCUCAAAUCAAACGUGUCAGCGACAGGACAAACUAUGGAGACGAAGCAACAGCACAUGAUCUGGUGCACCCCCCUCUGCAUUCCUUCUACGGAGCCCUUGAAAGAAUUGCACAGAUAUUCCAAAAAGUGGGUCUCAGUGUUGCUGAGGAGACGUUUGAAGAGGCCUGGAAGUUGACAUCCAUGAGACAUCCUGCUGGUGACGUAUGUGUGGAAAACUUUCGAAAUGUGCUUGGUGAACUACGGGCAAAUUAA